AUGGAUACAGUUGCCAAGGACAAGAAGAGUCACAAGAGAGGUGGUUUGAUCACCAAGACGUGGGAGAGAUGCAAGUCCAUUGGCCGUGGAAGCAAUAAUCCUUCCUCAGAUGCGCACCGUCGUCUCACAAAGAAGAGCAAAUCAUGGCAUGGCACCAGCGAUAGUGAUGCUACCUUCCCAGAGGAUUGCAGACGAGAUAAGCACAAGCGUCGGGUCACCCCCGAAGGCUGCUUCUCGGUCUAUGUGGGGCCCCAUAAGCAGAGGUUUGUGAUCAGGAUGGAGUGCGUGAACCAUCCGCUCUUCGGGAUGCUGCUUGAGGAGGCCGAGAAGGAGUAUGGGUAUUGCAGCACUGGGCCGCUGGAGCUCCCAUGCAGCGUGGAUGUGUUCAACAGGGUCCUAAUGGAAAUGGACUCCGACGACACUGUUCGUAGGCCACGAAGAGGGUGUGGCUUCCCUCACGGCGGUGUUGCCCGUCGUGGAUCAUAUCAACUGCUUAGCCCGUCCAGGACGAUGGCUAUAAAUCAGUUCUAG